CGAUAUUUGUGGUUGAUGUUGCAACCUCUCGCACACGUGUUGACAGCGUCUUCAGCAUAAACAAAUUGAUUUUAAAUAAUAAAUAAAAAAAACAGCAUGCCACCAGACAUCGAGAUCAUCGUGGGCACCUACGAGGAGUUCCUGGUGGGCUACCAGUUCGCGGAGCUCGACCAGGAUGGCGAAACGUCCAGCAAAUUCCGACUGAAGCAAACGUUUGCAGAGAAAUCGCACGCCGGCUCCAUCAAAUCCAUGGCUGUCCAGGGUCCCUGGGUGGCCACCGGCGGCAUAGAUGACCGCAUCUUUGUCUAUGACAUGCGCAUUCGAAAGCAGUGCCAGAUCCUGCUCUCGCACGCUGGCACUGUCAACACGCUGACCUUUUCGCCCGACCUAACGCACUUGAUCUCGGGCAGCGCCGAUGGCCACAUGAUCGCUACCCGCGUGGCCACCUGGACCACUGAGGCCGACUGGUGCAAGCCCCAUGCCGGCAAGCCAGUCACCCACAUCAGCUGCCAUCCCAGCAGCAAGCUGGCCCUGUCCCUGGGCGGCGAUCUGGUGCUCAAUACCUGGAAUCUGGUCAAGGGUCGGGUGGCCUACAGGACAAACCUGAAGAGCAAGAAAACCCUGGGCAGUGCCCCGGAUUGCCUGUCCUGGUCCACGAGCGGCGACCACUUUACGCUGAGCGGCCCCCUUCUGCUGGAGAUUUGGGAGAUCAAGAACGCCCAAGUGGUAAGGCGUGCCAAGACGCCGGCCAAACCAGUGUGCGUCAGCUGGCUGAAUGCCAAGGUGUGCCUGGCAGGCCUUGAGAACGGCAGCAUUGCCUGGACUUCGCUGGAGGACGAUCUUAACGCAGCGCCAAAAAUAAUUCCCGCCCACGACGAGUCCCGGGUCAAGGCCAUGGCCUGUUUGAACGAAACCCUGGUCACCGCCUGCAGCUCGGGCGAGAUCAAAGUCUGGCGCUGCAGUCUCGACAAACAAAAGCUCACGGAGCUGGCCAGCACCAACAUAGACUGUCGUCCCACCGGCCUUGGCUUGCUGGAUCUCAGCAAGUUCGGCAAUGUCCGUGCCCAGAUGAAGCCCAUCAAAGUGGAGGACAAAGCGGCGCCUAUGGCGGAGACCCCGAAGGUUCCGACGCCGCGGGGCUACGUGACCAUUGAGUACGAACAGGAUGAGCAGACGAAAGUUGAGGCGGAAGCCAAGAAGACCUCCAAAAAGAAGCAGCCCAAGGGGGCGCUGCCAAAGCCGAAGGAUGAGGACACCAGCGAAGACAGCAAUUCGGACGAAGAGGAGGAUAGCGAUGAGCUCUCCGACAGCGACAGUGAUGCCUCUAGUGACGCUGGCGACCGGCGAAGGAGGCCCCUCAAGAGGAAGCAGCCGCCAGCCGUACCAGCCUCCUCCCAGCGGAAGGGCAAGCAGCAGAGAAAGAAAUAAUUAUCAAUUAAUUAGUCGGCUUUAGUCUCCUCCUCCUUUCCAUGUUACGACUGUAAAUAAAGUUGCUAUUUUGAGCGAUUAAAUAACCCUUAAAAACUAAUAAUUAAAAUAUACAAAUAAAUAUAGAAAAAUCCAGACUUAA